AAUUAAUUGCGCUCGAUUUUUUAUUGCAUAAAAAGGUGAAAAGAAAAUAAAAUAGAAAUGCAUUUGGAAGUGAAGCAAAAGUUGUGCUGAAAUUAAUGACACAUAAUAAAAUGUGAUGCAAUAAGUAAUUAUAGUGAAAAUAUUUUUUAUCAGCAAAAUAAAAAUCAGUGUUAGUUGCCGUCGUAAAUAAAUACAAAAAAAUAUUGAAACACAUAUUUCGUGAUUAAUCAUAUCAUGAUGCUUCUGUUGAAUACUGUGAAAUUAGUGCUAAUUGCACUUAAUAUUCUACCGAAUCGAAUGAAGCACAAAAAAAUAAUGUUCUUUAUCUACAUGGGAACACUUGUUACACAUGUCAUGAUGGAUGAGCCAAAGUUUGCACAGCCCAUUCCGAACGUGACCGUUGCAGUUGGACGAGAUGCGAACUUGCCAUGUGUUGUAGAACAUUUGGGAACAUAUAAGGUUGCUUGGAUUCACAUAGAUAGGCAAAUGAUUCUUACGAUACAUCGACAUGUCAUUUCGCGUAUACCACGUUAUUCAGUAACCUACGAUAAUUCAAAUACCUGGUUGCUUCAUGUAAAUCAAGCACAACAAGAAGAUCGAGGGUAUUACAUGUGUCAAGUGAACACUAAUCCGAUGAUCAGCCAAGUUGGCUACUUACAAGUUGUUGUUCCACCGAACAUAUUGGAUAUUGAAAGCACUCCAUCAUCGGUGGCAGUUCGGGAGAAUCAAAAUAUAAAUAUGACGUGUCGUGCUGAUGGAUUCCCAACGCCCAAAAUUAUUUGGAGGCGAGAAGACGGACAAAGUAUCACAGUCGAGCGUAAGAAGAAAGUUAUGGUGUACGACGGUGAGGUUCUUCAUCUCACAAAGCUCAGCCGAAACGAGAUGGGUGCUUAUCUUUGUAUAGCAACGAAUGGUGUACCGCCUUCGGUGUCGAAACGAAUAAUUUUGGAUGUUGAAUUUUCUCCAAUGAUUUGGGUUCCCAAUCAACUUGUUGGAGCUCCAUCUGGCACAGAUGUCACUAUCGAUUGCCACACUGAAGCACAUCCAAGAGCAAUCAUUUACUGGGUUUAUAAUCAAGUGAUGGUGCUGCCAAGCAAAAAGUACAUCAUUGAUUACAAUGAAAACUCGUAUCGAGCACACAUGAAGUUGACUAUCAAGAGUUUGUCGAUGGGUGACUUUGGAAACUAUCGAUGCAUAUCGAAGAACUCACUUGGGGAAACUGAAGGUUCCAUUCGAGUUUAUGAAAUUCCAUUACCAGCAACUCCAUCAAAGCAAGUAAUUAUUGCUGAACCCAAAGAAACAUCACGUGUCAAUGAUACAACAACAAAAAUUGUUCAACCCGAAAUUGUCUUCUCAUCGAAAAGCGAGAACAGCAAUAUUCAUCCUGAGCGUGAAAGACCGAACAGCAUUUCCAUGGACAGAGGAAAGGCGACGAUGGCUUUUUCUUUCACCGACUCACCACCAAAUGAAUAUGGAAUCAUAUCUGAAGCCAACAAACUGAGUCAUCAUCGUUACAUAUUACAAAACAAAAGUGCCAUAAUCCUCUUGAUUUUCAUAAUAUUAUAUGCAUAUCAUUAGAAUACGUAGCUCUCAUGUUAAAUGUUAUCAUCAAGAUGAUAAUGAACCAUACGUUAUGUAAAUAAAUGUAGUUUGUAGAAGACAAAAAUAAUUAAAAAACAAAUCUCUACUCUGCUCAUGUCUUUUUUUUUAAUCAAAAACUUUAGUUAACAAUAUUGAGAAUUUUGUAACGAAAUUAUGUCUUCUUCUUCCUCUGUGUUGAUUAAUUACUUUAAUUAAAGCCAUUCACAUCGAAUUUGAACGAAAUAGAAAACUUUUUUGGUUGUUAUAAAAUUUACAUCCAAACUGAGGUCAUUUUGAAAAUUUUAAAUGAAAAUGUAGAAGAGCAUAUUCUUAUUGUUUCAUGAGAAAAAAGAUCAGGGAAUUUAAAUAGGUAAUUAAGAGAUGGGAAUGCGUUCGUUCUCAUGUAAAAUGCACAACUUUUCCCUUCCAAGCUUCAUUCUCAACAACCUCAAGAGAAAAGAAAUCAUUUUUGUCUAUUUUUUUAAUUUAUUUUACUGAAACCUUUCGUUUUCCUGAAGAUUUUAGAAUAAAAAUAAAAAUAAAAAAAUUAAAUGAAGGGGAUGUUAGACAAAGUCGGUGAGAACUUUUCACAAGCACCUUUUUAUGCUAUCUAACAGACAAAAAUUCUCUAAGGAGCAAACAAAAACAUUUAUAAAAUAACAUAAAUUUUCCCUCUUAAAAUUAACUAAAAAAAGUUUUUCUUUCUGGACUACAUACAGAUCUCUUGAGAGAGUGGAAAUAUAAAAUGUUAAUUAGACAUUCUCAACACAGCUGUGUUUCUGACAUUUUUCCUUCUUUACGUUCGUUUCUUUCUACACUAAAUAUCAAGAGACGUCGCUGGCUUGAAAUAAAUAAAUUCAAACUUCUAGAGAAAAAAUAAUAAAAGGCUUCAUAAGUAAUGAUAAAGAAACUAUAAGACAUAUAUUCGUCAUUAAAAGGAAUUAAUAUAAAAUUAAGAAACGAGUUGGAAACAAUAAGAAAAAAAAUAUCUUCAUAGAAAAAUCGAAAAAAAAAGAUGAUUGUUCAGUACUGAAAAACUGUCGCGACACUUGACAGAAGCAAAAUAUCAAACAAAGAGAAAAUCUUGUAAAAAUAAUUAAUAAAAG